CAAUGCUAGAGCUUUACAGCUUUAAUAAAACUAUUUGUUUUUUCUGGGGAGCUUUAAAUAAAAGAUAAAACAUUUUUUUUUCUUUUCCCAAAUUUCAUUUUUUUAAUAUCAACAUUUACUAGCUCUGCCAUUUAUUAAAUAUUUAAAUCACGUUUAUUGAAUUUCCAAGACGGACCUGAAUCAUUUUCUUAACCAUAAUUUAUACUUGAAUUUUUUCAAUUAAAAUAUUAAUUAUGAAUUAAAUUCGCAAUAUUAAAUUAUAUUCUUUUUCAAUUUUCUUUUUCUUUUUAUUUUUCCGAUUUUUCUACUUUAUUUUUUCUCCUUUUCCUGGAGAACCCUAAAAAAAUCCUCUUGCCUUGAUGAAAUUCUGCGAUCACACAAUUUUUUUCAUUUUUCCCCUGUAAUUUUUGCCAGGUUCAUGUUAACUUUUUCUGUUUCAUCAAAAAUUUCGCCAUCGAAUCUCUGUGCAGCGUCUGCAAUGGUGGAGUUUUAAUCCUCAAAGUUCUUCUUUUGUGUUUCACAGAGCAAGGCAGAUGGUAAAAGCUGUAUCAUUUAGCUGUUGAUCUUCAAUAAUUCAACUAGGGCCUUGAGUUUUUUUUUUUUUUGGUAUUUCUGUAGGACUCGAGUUGUUCUUUAUAUUUCUGCUCAUUGUCCUUAUUUAAAUUUGUUUAUGGAUCAAUUUAUGCAUGAAUUAGUUGUAGGUAAUUUUUUUGUUAUUUAAUGUAUUAGGGUUUUAGAGAUUUUUAUAGGGCUUUUGCUUGUUUGAUCUGUGAAUGGAGGCAAAAGAGGGAAUGAAUUUUGAGGUUGCAUUGAGGGGUGAGGAAGCUCCUGAUAGCUAUAGAAUUGUCUCUAGGGCUACUGAAAACCCUAGCCAACUACCCUGUCCCACAGUGGCCUUUCUGGUGGGCGUGGCGGCGACUCUGGCUCCGGGUACUGAGGUGGUAAAGAAAAAGAGGGGGAGGCCAAGAAAGAACAGUGCUGAUGGGACAGUGACGAUGGCCCUGUCUCCCAUGCCGAUAUCAUCAUCAAUUCCGCUCACCGGAGACUUGUCAUCGUUUCCACGUGGACGAGGGUGCCAUAUUGAUUCCAUAAAGAAGUCUCAUAAAUUUGAAUAUAAGACCUCAGGUGAUAAAAUUGCGUCCUUUUUUGGAGCAAAUUUCACACCCUUUGUUAUUACAGUCAAUGCGGGUGAGGAUGUUACAAUGAAGGUUAUGUCAUUUUUGUGGCAAGGUGCUCGUGCUAUAUGCAUUCUUUCUGCAAAUGGUACCAUUUCAAAUGUUACACUCUGUCAACCCACUUCUUUUGGGGGCACUCUAACAUAUGAGGGUUGUUUUGAGAUACUCUCUUUGUCUGGAUCGUACACGCCUAUUGAGAAUGGAGGUACAAAGAGUAGAUCUGGAGGAAUGAGCGUGUCUCUGGCUUGGCCAGAUGGUCGUGUUGUUGGGGGAGGACUUGCUGGUUUGUUGGUGGCAGCUGGGCCUGUGCAGGUUGUAGUGGCCAGUUUUCUACCAGGUCACCAGCAGGAGCAGAAACACAAAAAGCAGAGGAGUGAGCCCGCAGUAGCUGCCACCCCAAUCACCACAAAUGCUCUCUCUGUAAUUGCUGCAGAAGAAUCGAAAGGUGCCUAUGAUGGAAACUAUGGUGUAGUAAAGCCAAGUGUUGCACCCUCUUCAUCUUUCCAUGGAUACAGUCCAGCUUCUCUGAAUCAAUUACAAAUCUUUAGCAACUCAGCUGCUGACAAUAAGACAUCUUCUCCUGGAGAUGAUUCUGAAGGCCCAGGCCAAUCAAACAGUGAGGUUUCUUCGUGAUCAAGUUCAAACUGUAUACCCUUGUUGUAUCUUCAUUGUUUUUUAUGUAGAUUAACAGCAUUAGGUUAAGUUGUCCGGAAUAAGUAUAAACGUGUUGGCUAUUAUUAAGGACAAGAUAGGCUUUGAAUUGGAGAUAUAUUUGCCCGAGAGUUGUGCUAUUUCUGAUUAGCUUUAGGUAGGAUUUAUUUAGGAUUAUCCAGUGGCCGGCACUGCAGUGUACCAUCUAGUGUUGUCUGAUUUGUUAGUGUAACAUUUCUAGAUGUAUGAAAUUAACCUGAUGUUGUUUAUGCCUUACCA